AGAUACGUAGUAAGUGAAUGUGAAUCACCUCGGACAAUCAUUGUUUGCAGUGACGCCUGGCGCACUUCCCCAACAGGUCGGCGCUUCUUCGUUUCCCGUCCAUAUCUUAUCUUCCCAAGCCCAGCGUUCUGAGUUGAAAUCCGAAUCGUGUCUUGACAACAUUAAACUUUGAUAAAGAAUGAAGAAAACGUCGCUGCUUCUCUGUGCGUGUGCAGUACAUGCCGACAGUUCUACAGUGUCCGCGCCACCAUCUCCAGCGACUAGUCGCACCGUACGCCCUCCAGCAACUUCAGGAACUAUCCCAACGAACCACCCCGACGAGGUGUCCUCGUUGCCGAAUUACGGUCCGCCACCAACCAAGCAGUACUCCGGCUUCCUCGACGCGACGAAGGGGUGCGACACGGAGAAAAACGGAAGAUAUUGUCGCUUACAUUACUGGCUCGCCCUGUCGGAAAAGUAUCAGGAUGUUGGUGUGUCUCUGGCGGAGGAGCAGCAAACUACAGAGGCCGGCGCCGGAGUCGCUCUCGGUCUCGCUGCGCGGCAAAACAAAAACGGUAAAAUUCCUGUCGUCUUGUGGCUGAACGGCGGCCCGGGAUCCAGUUCGUUGAUCGGUUUCCUCGAAGAGAACGGGCCCUUGCUCCUGAACAAGGACGGCAAAUUGGCGAAGAAUCCCUACUCCUGGACCAAGCACGCGCACGUGCUGGCCCUAGAGCAGCCAGUUGGCGUUGGGUUCAGUUAUUGUGAGGUACAGAAGGCCAAAAACCAGUCCUGCCACAACUCCGACAAGCAGUGCGCCACCGCGAGCCACGCCGCGCUCGUGGACUUCUUCAAAAACAAGUUUCCGGCACUAGCGGGGAACGAUUUCUACAUCACCGGGGAAUCGUAUGCCGGGGUCUACAUUCCAACCUUGGCGAAAGCGAUUCUGGACGGGAAUGCAAAGGCGUUCAAAGACGACAGGAGUAGAAAACACCUGCCCAACUCUGAAGACGCUGGCAGAACAAGUGAAAGUGAAGAUGUUCUGAUCCCUUUGAAGGGUGUUGCGGUGGGCGAUCCCUGCACCGACGACGAUGCACAGAAAGAUUCGAUGGACAUGCUGUGGUACACUCACAAGAACUAUCAAAUGUAAAAAUGUCUGGGUCUGGCAGAGUGCCAGACUUGUCAUGCAGGUUUUCCAUGACCCAUGAGGUCUGGUAUGUAGGACAUAGCAUGACAGGCUCUGUGAGUGUUCUAUCAUGCCUUUCCUGCAUAAGAAACUGCCUCUCGAUCAUUAGGUCAAAUGUGGACAGCUUUUGGUAAUCACGCAACACAGUUUUCUACAUGUUUCAGAUUUAGCAUGACAGGUUGCUUUGUCCCAGACCCAGACAUUUUUACAUUUGAUAAGAACGGCUUAGUCCAAGACCAAGAGUUCGAGUUUCUCUGGAAUACCUGCCAAGCGCGCAGUCCGAGCUUGUCCAACGUCUUCCCGAAACACUUCCUGGAGGGACAGUUCUACACUUUACUCAAUCGACGCAUCAAUUCUACGACUUCCACGCUGCUCUCCAGAUUCAAACAAAACCAAAACCAGGAAGUAGCCCUUACCGAGACCACGGCCCCAGCAAAUACUGGAGCAGCGUUAUUAACAUCACCUGCAAGUGUGGAGAUCAACAAGGACCACGUGAAGAGCAAGAUUUCGGGUCCCGGGCACCGGUUCCGGCAUGAGAGCGCUGAGUGCAAGCGAGCCUGGCGGAAUAUGGACUUCUCAAACGUUACAUUCUUAACUGUUACAUGAAUUUGUGAUGCAAGAAUGGCAAAAGUGAAAGGAAGGACCUUGCGCGUCUUGCAUGACAGAUUUGGCACAGAUUCUCAGCCUGUUUGGCCGUCUGAGAAUUUUCCAUGCGAAGCAGCUUGAUGGCGUUGAUAGUCAAGCUGAAGGUAAUUUAGCAUGACAAAUCAUGUAUACAGUUGAGAAUGUAACAGUUGAGAGCGCCAUAUGGAAGUUCCAGACAAGCGCGAGCAACAAGCUCGACCAGGGCUGGGCGAAGCAGUGGAUCAACCCGUACUCGUUGUUUUCCCCCGCGGGGGACAAGAUGGGCAAGGAGGACAGUGACAUGGGGAAGUACCUGAACAGCCCCGAGGUCCGCGCGGCCCUGCACGUGACCGACGCGCCGGUGAAGACAUGGCCGAACGACGAGGAUGUGCACUUCCUCUACGAGCAGGACUACGCGGCGUGCAACUGGGCGGGCGCGAAGCCAGGAGCGAAAUCCAUGAUCGACUUUUACCGGGACAUCGCGCCCAAAUUGGAACAAACCGUUGUUCUGAACGGGGAUACCGACCCGUGCGUCAGCUACGAGGGCACGCGGACCGCGAUUGAGCGAUUGGGCUUCGCAGAACUGGACGGACACGGCUACCGACCCUGGUUUUAUCACAAAGUACUUAAAUUAUAUUUCUGCGAUGUUUGUCUAGUUUGACUAUUUUCAUUUGAGACUUUCAUCUUGUCGGCUUUUGCCUCGAUUAAGCAGGCCGAAGCGCCAUGCUAUGGUGUACUUUCAUAUGUUUGCGCGUUUCGUAGAAAGAAGUGCGCACAAGUUUGCUUAUGCCUUCGUCCCCGGGCGGCACUGCUGUUUCAGGAAAAAAAAAGGCUUCAGCUUUUUCCACGUUUUGCCUUGAUUAAGCACGACGAAGCGCCAUGCUGUGGUGUACUUUCGCUUGCUUUCGCUUUUCGUAGAAAGAAGUGCGCACAAGUUUGCUCAUCCCUUCGUCCCCGGGCGGCACUGCUGUUUCAGGAAAAAAAAAGGCUUCAGCUUUUUCCACGUUUUGCCUUGAUUAAGCACGACGAAGCGCCAUGCUGUGGUGUACUUUCGCUUGCUUUCGCUUUUCGUAGAAAGAAGUGCGCACAAGUUUGCUCAUCCCUUCGUCCCCGGGCGGCACUGCUGUUUCAGGAAAAAAAAAGGCUUCAGCUUUUUCCACGUUUUGCCUUGAUUAAGCACGACGAAGCGCCAUGCUGUGGUGUACUUUCGCUUGCUUUCGCUUUUCGUAGAAAGAAGUGCGCACAAGUUUGCUCAUCCCUUCGUCCCCGGGCGGCACUGCUGUUUCAGGAAAAAAAAAGGCUUCAGCUUUUUCCACGUUUUGCCUUGAUUAAGCACGACGAAGCGCCAUGCUGUGGUGUACUUUCGCUUGCUUUCGCUUUUCGUAGAAAGAAGUGCGCACAAGUUUGCUCAUCCCUUCGUCCCCGGGCGGCACUGCUGUUUCAGGAAAAAAAAAGGCUUCAGCUUUUUCCACGUUUUGCCUUGAUUAAGCACGACGAAGCGCCAUGCUGUGGUGUACUUUCGCUUGCUUUCGCUUUUCGUAGAAAGAAGUGCGCACAAGUUUGCUCAUCCCUUCUUUCCCGGGCGGCACUGCUGUUUCAGGAAAAAAAAAGGCUUCAGCUUUUUCCACGUUUUGCCUUGAUUAAGCACGACGAAGCGCCAUGCUGUGGUGUGUUUUCGCUUGCUUUCGCUUUUCGUAGAAAGAAGUGCGCACAAGUUUGCUCAUCCCCUCUUCCCCGGGCGGCACUGCUGUUUUAGGAAAAAAAAAAUGCUUCAGCUUUUUCCACGUUUUGCCUUGAUUAAGCACGCCGAACCGCCAUGCUGUGGUGUACUUUCGCAUGUUUGCGUGUUUUAUCGUAGAAAGAAGGGCGUGCAAUUUUGCCCUUGGACUACGAUGCUACGAUCAACUUCAUGUUCAUUCAUUGCCUACGAGGACGAAGGAAAGACAAACGCAAAAAAAAAAACAACCAGGUCGCAACACCGGCGGCGGUUCUGGAGGACAAGGCUCCGCUCUUCGGGCCCGGUUUGCUAGCGGUCGACGCGGGUCCGCAGUUUGGAGGAGAAGUCGUGAACUACGAGCACAAUGUUACGUUUAUGACCUUUCACGGCUCGGGUCACAUGGUGCCACAGUUCCGCCCCCAGGCGAGUCUGCACUUCUUGAAGCGGUUUUUGGCGAAGAAGCAGCUGUCACCCGCCAUGGCCUCUAACAGAACGCUAGAAACGAUGACCGACAGCGAAUUUGCCGCAGAAUUGGACGCGUGGACCGAUAUGGCGAAAAAGAUGGGCAUGGAGGGCGACGUUUCUGAAGAAAACGAGAACGAAGUUGAAUUUCCUACUUUAUUUUUUUGAAUAUGAUGGAACCGUGUGCGGUCGUGUGAAGAUUGAACAAAUCAGCUCUACUUUCACAAGUCUGGCAACUUGAUGUGGCUCGAGGUAGAAAUCUUGUGGGCUGUGCUCGUCGUGGAGGAAUUCUUGAACCUUAUUAUGGUACAUUUUGCGAGAAAAAAUACGGUGGCAUGCUGACGCGCGUGUUGUUGUCCUUGAAGCUUAACACACACUCCCACCCAAAAAUGUGGAAAGUCAAUUUCAAUACAUCAAUAUCAAUGUAAGAAGCCCCUUCAUCUAUCAUCAUGUGCCCUUUAUUUAGGGCGCCCCGACUUGUGAUCGACGUUGACGUGGACGAACACAACACUAUGGUCAUUUUGAUCUACGCACCAACGAACUACCAGAAAACAAAUUUGCUAGAAACAACAUAAUAGAUCAUACUCAAAAUGAAUCAAAAACCAGUCGAU